AUGCAGAAUGGCAGCGUCGCUUUUGUUGCUGUCGUGCAUAAUGGCACCGUCGCUUUUGUUGUUGUCGUGCAGAGUGGCACCGUCGCUUUUGUUGUUGUCGUGCAUAAUAGCAACGUCGCUUUUGUUGUUAUCGUGCAUAAUGGCAACGUCGCUUUUGUUGCUGUCGUGCAAAAUGGCAAAGUCGCUUUUAUUGUUAUCGUGCAGAAUGGCAACGUCGCUUUUGUUGUUGUCGUGCAUAAUAGCAACGUCGCUUUUGUUGUUAUCGUGCAGAAUGGCACCGUCGCUUUUGUUGUUGUCAUGCAGAAUGGUACCAUCGCUUUUGUUGUUGUCGUGCAGAAUGGCAACGUCGCUUUUGUUGUUGUCAUGCAGAAUGGCACCGUCGCUUUUGUUGUUGUCAUGCAGAAUGGCAACGUCGCUUUUGUUGUUGUCGUGCAGGAUGGCACCGUCGCUUUUAUUGUUGUCGUGCAGAAUGGCACCGUCGCUUUUGUUGUUGUCGUGCAGAAUGGAAACGUCGCUCUUGUUGUUGUCGUAGUAUUGGGUUAG